UGAUGGUGUUUACAAAACCCAUCAAACAAGCCGGGCGCGGUGGUCACGCCCGUAAUCCCAGCACUUUGGGAGGCCAAGGCGGGUGGAUCACGAGGUCAGGAGAUCGAGACCAUCCUGGCUAACACGGUGAAACCCCGUCUCUACUAAAAAAAUACAAAAAAUUAGCCGGGCGUGGUGGUGGGCACCUGUAGUCCCAGCUACUUGGGAGGCUGAGGCAGGAGAAUCACUUGAAUUCGGGAGACGGAGGUUGCAGUGAGCUGAGAUCGCACCACUGCACUGCAGCCUGGCGACACAGCAAGACUCUGUCUCAAAAAAAAAAAAAAAAAAAGAUAUAAAAAUUAGCUGGCAUGGUAGCAUGUUCCUGUAAUCCCAGCUACUGGGGAGGCUGAGGCAGGAGAAUCAUUUGAACGCGGGAAGCAGAGGUUGCAGUGAGUGGAGAUCGUGCCACCGCACUCCAGUCUGGGCGACAGAGUGAGACUCCCUCUCAAACAAACAAAAAAACAGAAAGCCACAUGGUCAGCAAAGCCUAAAAUGUUUACUACCUAGCCCUUCCCAGUAAAAGCUGGCCAACCCCUGGUCUAGCACAUUUAUUUGGUGCUACCAGCUUCAUCAUCACCCCCACCUUCGUCAGCUGCUCAUUCUGUCUGGAAAGUUCUUCCACCGGAUCUUAGGACAGCAUGCUCCUUCUUGGGACUCGGAUCACAUCUUAAGUGUGACCUCCUCAGAGAUCUUCUGUGGUUACCUUGUCAUUCUCUUAUCUCAUCACCUUGUUUUAAUUCUUGACAUGCCAGUUACUGUUUGUUUCCCUGCUGCAUCCUAAGAACUUGGCCAGUUCCUGACUCAUAGGAAGCACUCAGUAAGUGCAGUGGGCUGAACAGGUGAACAGCUACUGAGCCUCUGGCACAGGGGUCCCAGCACAGGAUGUGACAUGGAAGGCUCCGAGCUCCUGGCUGAGCAAGUCUGAUGAAAAGGCCUCACUUAGGUGUGCGUGCACCAGUGCCAGGAGAGCCUCGGCAUGAAAGAAGGGCCUGGAACUGCCACCCAGUUCUCAUUUUGGCCAAUGGGUAGAUGUGGCACAAGUGCUACGGUUAGGACACGCUCGGGGAAGAGCAAGGGUGGAGCUGGGGGUGCUGGUACAGUCUGUGGGGUCACCUGAGACUGAGGUUCCUAAGCUGCAUGCAGUGGAGAGCUGUAUCAAUCGGCUGUUCAUUCAGACCAGAGGUUCAAGAAUCCCUAGAACACAGACCCCAAAGUACAGUCAUACAGGAGGAGCCCCCCUGCUAGGUGCCAGCCCAGGCAACCCUCGGGGCAAAGUGGAGUCCAGGUGCAUCCCAAGCAGGUGAGGGAUGAGGCCAGGACAGGCCAAUCAAGAGACACGAGGGAUGGCCCCAGCCAACAGGGAGGAAAUCCAGCUUGAGCACCAGGAGGGGCCAGGACCCCCUAAAGCCUCCCCCAUCCCAACCCGAGCCCGGGGGACUUGGGGCAGGGGCAGGCAGCUGGCCCUGUAGAGCUCUGAGCGUCCACCACAGUGACAAGCAUGGAGCCAGCAUGUGUGCAAGUCCACCAGGCAGCCCCCAGCCCCUCAGGCAACCCAGCCACACGCCGCCGGAGCUCCUCUCGGCUAGUCGUGGCUCUGGGUCCCUGAAUCAGGUAACGCAGCCAGAGGCCUCUUCAGGAGGCCCAGGGUACUGCAGGCAAGACCCUUCUCCCAGAGAAACCCCAAUACGUCCAGGAAGCAACUGCGGCGCCAAGACGCCCAGGAGGGCUCACUGUUGGGCUAGACACGCUUUGAAAAAGGCAGCGGUACCCCCGCCUCCACCUCCACCCCCAGAUAAUUCCGGAGCUGUCUGCCUGACCGACGGGCUGCGGGGAAUCCACACACCUUCGCCUUGGAACAAAAUGCGAAGCGCCCACCGGCAGCCUUCGGCUCCCUGCCUUUCCUGACCCUUGGCACCUGCUGCCCUGGGCCUCAGCCAGCAACGCCCAAGGCGGCCCGACGGGACCUGUGCCCUGGGCGCCCGCGUGCCGGCAGCCGCGUCUCCCGAGGGCCCCUCCCCGGCCUCCUCCCUCGCCAGCCUCCUCUCUCCCCUCGGUCUCCUCCUCCUCUCGCCCUUCCCGGCCUCUUCCCUCCCCUCUGCCUCAUCCUUCCCCGGUCCGGUCUCCUCUCUCGGUGUCGACCCAGUGCCCCUCCUUCCCGGGCCCGCCGCUGCUGUCCCUGGCCGGGGCCCCUCUCCCUCGCUCCGCUCCCGCCGCAUGACCCGGGAGUCCGCGCCUCACCUCGCGCCCCGCGCCGACCGCCGCGCAAGCCCCAGCCCGCCUGCCCCAGCCCGGCCUCAGGUCCCGGCCCUGCCUCCUACACUGCCCCACUGCCCUGCGCCCUCCACCCGGCCAGGCCCCUGCCCACGCUGUCUACCGUCCGGCAUGGGGCCCUGCAGCGGCUCCCGCCUGGGGCCCCCAGAGGCAGAGUCGCCCUCCCAGCCCCCUAAGAGGAGGAAGAAGAGGUACCUGCGACAUGACAAGCCCCCCUACACCUACUUGGCCAUGAUCGCCUUGGUGAUUCAGGCCGCGCCCUCCCGCAGACUGAAGCUGGCCCAGAUCAUCCGUCAGGUCCAGGCCGUGUUCCCCUUCUUCAGGGAAGACUACGAGGGCUGGAAAGACUCCAUUCGCCACAACCUUUCCUCCAACCGAUGCUUCCGCAAGGUGCCCAAGGACCCUGCAAAGCCCCAGGCCAAAGGCAACUUCUGGGCGGUCGACGUGAGCCUGAUCCCAGCUGAGGCGCUACGGCUGCAGAACACGGCCCUGUGCCGGCGCUGGCAGAACCGAGGUGCGCGUGGAGCCUUCGCCAAGGACCUGGGCCCCUACGUGCUGCAGGGCCGGCCAUACCGGCCGCCCAGUCCCCCUCCGCCACCCAGUGAGGGCUUCAGCAUCAAGUCCCUGCUAGGGGGGUCCGGGGAGGGGGCACCCUGGCCGGGGCUAGCUCCACAGAGCAGCCCAGUUCCUGCAGGCACAGGGAACAGUGGGGAGGAGGCGGUGCCCACCCCACCCCUUCCCUCUUCUGAAAGGCCUCUGUGGCCCCUCUGCCCCCUUCCUGUCCCCACCAGAGUGGAGGGGGAGACUCUGCAGCGGGGAGCCAUCAGGCCCUCGACCCUCUCCCCAGAGCCUAGGGCCUGGCCUCUCCACUUACUGCAGGGCACCUCAGUUCCUAGGGGACUGUCCAGCGGGGGACACAGGGCCUCCCUCUGGGGGCAGCUGCCCACCUCCUACUUGCCUAUCUACACUCCCAAUGUGGUAAUGCCCUUGGCACCACCACCCACCUCCUGUCCCCGGUGUCCACCAUCAACCAGCCCUGCCUACUGGGGCGUGACCCCUGAAACCCGAGGGCCCCCAGGGCUGCUCUGCGAUCUAGACGCCCUCUUCCAGGGGGUGCCACCCAACAAAAGCAUCUACGACGUUUGGGUCAGCCACCCUCGGGACCUGGCAGCCCCUGGCCCAGGCUGGCUGCUCUCCUGGUGCAGCCUGUGAGGCUCCUAAGACAGGGGCCGCUCCUCCCUCCCGCUCCCACCCCCACCUUGUUGACAGGGAGCCAAGGCGAGGCGGCUGUCUGCGACCACAGCAGCCUCGAAACACCAGGCAGCAGCCUUGCUGGGAGUCCACGGUGUUUAUUGGACCACCCCAUGCAUGGCCGUGACCCAGCUGGGCACAACCCUCAUCCUGGUCAGUCAUGCCUCUGUUUCUCCUACACUCAGAGGCAAGGCUGGAGGGGCAGGGCUGAGCCUGGAAUAGCCCUUCCUAGUCCCCUCUUCUCAGCCCACUACCCAUCCAUCCGUCACCAACCGUCACCUCCCCUCGUCACCAGCCGUCACCUCCCCUCCGGUGCUCCAGGCUGGGGGAGGGAGAGCCCAGUAGUGGGUCCAGCCUGAAGUCCUGCCCUCUCUCAUCUAUCUGGGAAGGAGGUAGCACCUUUUUCGGGAAAGGGGUUAGGGAGUAAAGACUGCACCCUACAUGGUCCUGGUGGUGGGGAGGAUAACAGUAAAGGAAUUUGCAAUGUUUUAA